CUUCCGCUCGGGGCGGCGGCGGUGGCGGAAGUGGGAGCGGAGCCGGAGUCUUGGCCAUAAAGCCCGAGGCGGCGGCGGCGGCGGCGGCGUUGGAAGCUUGGACAGGCCGAGGAGCCCGCAGGAAUCGGAGCUUGGACUUUCCUUCGCUCCUGUCGACCCCUCGUCUCCUCCUCGGCGGAGCCCUCGCGACGCGCCCGGCCCGGAGCCCAGCGGAGCGGCCGCGCUUGAAGGAUGACCUCGAGGAAGAAAGUGCUACUGAAGGUUAUCAUCCUGGGAGAUUCUGGAGUCGGUAAGACAUCACUCAUGAACCAGUAUGUGAACAAGAAAUUCAGUAAUCAGUACAAAGCCACAAUAGGAGCAGACUUCCUGACAAAGGAGGUGAUGGUGGAUGACAGACUAGUUACGAUGCAGAUCUGGGACACGGCCGGACAGGAGAGGUUCCAGUCUCUGGGUGUGGCCUUCUACAGAGGCGCAGACUGCUGCGUCCUGGUGUUUGACGUGACUGCCCCCAACACGUUCAAAACCCUCGACAGCUGGAGAGACGAAUUCCUCAUCCAGGCCAGUCCCCGGGAUCCUGAGAACUUCCCCUUCGUUGUUCUGGGAAACAAGAUUGACCUCGAAAACAGACAAGUGGCCACAAAGCGGGCACAGGCCUGGUGCUACAGCAAAAACAACAUUCCCUACUUCGAGACCAGUGCCAAGGAGGCCAUCAACGUGGAGCAGGCCUUCCAGACGAUUGCCCGGAACGCGCUGAAGCAGGAAACGGAGGUGGAGCUGUACAAUGAAUUCCCCGAGCCCAUCAAACUGGACAAGAACGACCGGGCCAAGGCCUCGGCAGAGAGCUGUAGCUGCUGAGGCGGCAGAGCGAGCAGAGCAGAGCCCUUCGCGCACCAAGCACACAAGUAGGCCUUCCACCACGAGCCCCUCUCCUCUCCACAGUCGGUCAUCUCGCACAUCCAGCUGCCCGAAGAGCCCCCAACACAGUCUCCCCUGCACACACACCCGACACAGACUCACUCCACAGCCCAGGCCUGUGCCGGCUCCAUCGGGGUCCCUGCGUCAGCCCUCAGAUGGCAGCAGGACGGGCCGGCUGUAGAAAUCGUUCCGGUUUGGAGUCGGCCUCGGAGACGACUUCUUUUUGUCCACUGGAGAGAGAGAACUGUUUACAGUCAACCUGUGUCUAAUUAGUUCUGGUUUUUUAACUUGUCUUGUGGUCUUUUUACCCCCCACCCCCGUGAAGGCUACCACUUGGGAAGGCGGGUGCCCUGCGCUGCAUUACAGGCUCACACCCAGUCUGAUCAGGCUGAGUUUUGUAUGUAUCUGUUAAUGCUUGUUACUUUUAACUAAUCAGAUCUUUUUACAGUAUCCAUUUAUUAUGUAAUGCUUCUUAGAAAAGAAUCUUAUAGUACAUGUUAAUAUAUGCAACCAAUUAAAAAUGUAUAAAUUAGUGUAAGAAAUUCUUGGAUUACGUGUUUAAGUCCUGAGAUGCAGGCGUAGAGAUGGAGGGUGAAGCCUGUCUGGAUCUCAGAGUGUUUAGCCACUCAGAUUUCAGAAAUCCAGCUGGAGGCAGUAUUCUGUACAGUAGACACGAGAAUCAUGUACGCCUUUUAAUCAAAGACUUAGGAGCCAAAAAGCUUUUCAUCUCUCCAGGGGGAAAGCUGUCUAGUUCCCUUCUGCAUCUAAAUUUUUCCAAGAGGUUGAUUUGCAUAAUACCAUGGUGUGUGCAAUGGAGAAACGGCUGUUUCAGAAAUAUAAAACUCUCAUUUUUCUUUUUUUUCUCUGCUCCACACUUUGAAACUCCCUUAUUAGAUCAGCAUCCACGUACAAGAGAGAAAGGAAAAGGAAAAUCCUACCAGACCUGUCCUAGGGACUUUACCUUUGUUCUGGAAGGUGCUCCUUUCGGGGCUGUGGCAUCCUUAGGUGAGCAGACCUUCUCUCCUUCUUCCCAGUACAACCCGCCAUGCCUUCCCUGUGUCCUGGGUGUGGAGCCAGGCAGCUGUGCCCCAGGACCUGCCCCGCAUUGUAGCUUGCUUCUCAGAGCACCUCCCUCUCUCCAGAGGCCUGCAUUCUAGGGUGUGGGCCAAGUUCUUCUGUAAAGAGAUGAACGUGAUGCCAAUAAAAUGUAACAAGAACAAAGA